CGCUCCGCAGCCUCGGUUCAAAGAGGAAUGGCGACCGCUGUGUGCGGUCUGCAGUCAACCAGCAACAAAACACCGAAAACCCUCGAGCAGCGGAGGAGAGCCAAGGACUCCCGGCGGAGACAGGCGGCACUUUCGUUUCUCACAAACAUCUCUCUCGAUGGACGUCCGCAUCAAGAGCGUGGCGAUGGACACGCCGGUCAGACAGCCGCGGAAGAGCCCCGACGCCAGGACGGAGACAGCGGCGAGUCUGUGUCUUCACCCGCGCCCGGGAGCAGCCGGAGCAGCGGCGCACAGGUGACCGAGCUCUGCGCCAGUGGCAGCGGAUCUGCCUCCAGCUUCUCCGGCGUGGUCAGUCCGCUCAGACCAUCUUUGGUCAUAUCUCCCGGACCAGCGGGGACCGACGAUGUCGGGGCCAACGAAGUAUUUUUGGAGGGCGGUCCUGCGGCCGAGGCUCUGCUUCCCGAUGUCCCCAUGUCUCCCAUGUCCGUGCCUCUCGUUUCCGUUGGACAGGCUCCGUGCGCCCGGGUCAAGUCCGCCCCGACGGGACCGGCUCUAAGCCCGGCUCCCAGCAGUGUCCCAGAGGCACAGAGAAGGUCAAGAAAUGUUUCUGGUUCGCCUGGACCCAAGGUGCCAAAGAAGGUCCAUUUUAUCCGGAGCAUAAGGCAGUAUGACACUAGAGGAUGUAGGAUCAUGCUGAUUUGUGCCAAGAGGUCGCUCUAUGCUGCUUUCUCAGUGCUGCCGUAUGGAGAGAGUGCUCACCUCAGUGAGGCUAAGAUGGAUGCUCACAGACAGAGACUCUCCUCUGUGGCCACUGCUGACCUCAUGCCCUCACUAGAAGGAAUGGACCCUGAUGUGUCUGGAAAGACAGUCUCGUACGCCCAGUUCUUGUACCCAACCAACGCUCUGGUGAGACAGAAGAGCCUCCCGGAGACCUCCACAGCCCAAACGCCUCAGACACGUUCCCGCGGCAACAGUCAACAGAAAAGUUUCACCCCCCGAGUCCCAAGCUCUGGAACACAGGACAUAAAUUCAGAGGAAACAGACUACGACCCAAACCUCCUCAGUGACCCCCAGUGGCCCUGUGGGAGACAUAAAAGAGUGCUCAUCUUUGCAUCAUAUGUGACGACGGUUAUUGAGUAUGUGAAACCUUCAGACCUGAAAAAGGAUAUGAAUGAGACCUUCAAGGAGAAGUUUCCCCAUAUCAAACUCACACUCAGCAAAAUAAGAAGCCUAAAGAGGGAAAUGCGCGCCGUGAGUGAGGAGUGCAGUCUGCAGCCGGUUACCAUAGCGAUGGCCUUUGUUUACUUUGAGAAGUUGGUGCUUCAAGGUCGCCUGAACAAACAGAACAGGAAGCUGGUGGCGGCUACGUGUGUGCUGCUUGCAGCAAAGAUCAGCAGUGAUCUGAGAAAGCCAGAAGUCAAACAACUCAUUGAUAAGUUGGAGGAGCGUUUUCGGAUAAACAGGCGGGAGCUGAUUCCUCUAGAGUUCCCGGUGCUUGUUGCCUUGGAGAUGGGACUGUACCUCCCCGAGAGUAAAGUCAUGCCUCACUACCGCAGACUGGUGCAGCAGGGGUAGACCUCUCCAAAUCUAUCAUAAUUUGUUACUUGAUGAAGGAGCAUGAAGUUAAGAAAUGCCAAGGUUGACACACAAUGGUCCCUGGUUAAGACCUGUUUUAGACUGGGUUUAGUCCUGGUUUGAUUCUUGCCUAAAUCUGGUUUAGAUCUAGUAAAAUGUGCUCUGUGCAACGUUUGUGAUGGGGUUUGUCUCCAUGUUGAUGGUAUAACAUUGCCGGGAAUGUUCCACAAUAUGGCAUUAAACAUAUCUAUACUUAUCUUGCAUUUAUCCAAUUAAAAAGACCUGAAAACAUGCAUCGUUACUGUGAUCUGUCUGGAACAUUCUAGGCAAAGUAAUAUCUCCAUGGAUACUAUCAGAUGGUGGACCCAUGGCCAGAAAAGUUACAUAGUGCAUAUUUUAAGCUCUGGUUAUAGCAAGAGUAUGUGGAUAAGUGUGUCCUAUUCUUUCUAAAUUCUGUUUCAGACAUGGGCUCCUAGUUAAUAAAAUGGAAUAACAUAAACCUAUUCACAUGAGCCCUGGUUGUGGUGUUAGACCACUCUUUGGAAGAUGUAGACCUAGAUUUUGCCUGCUGUAGUCCUUUUUAUUAAUCCUUUAUUUAUACAGGUCAACUUUUUAAGACUUAAUGUCUCAUUUUCAUGAAGGGUCCUGUUGACAUGCUGGUGCAGACCUGGUAAAGAAAUCCUACUUUACACCCAGUUUAAAAUACUGUUUAAACCAGGUCUAGACUGAUUUAACCCCAUCUUAAACCUGAAUUAGCACUGAUUUAGACCAUACAUUCACUGUAAUCAUAGGAAAGAUACUGUGGUCUGGGUAAUUUUGUCAUAAAUAUUUUAGAUUCCUUUUGGGACUCAAGUGCGAACGUCCUUUUCAGCAUUUGUGGUGUUCUGUUGUUGAUCUCAUGAGCUCUAUGUUAGAGAGUUUACUCGGCACGUUACUUGUGCUUUUAUUUAAAUAUCUGGUGACAUAAUAAUGUAUUUUUGGUACUACUCUUUGUGUGAAAACCUGCCAUCUGCACCUUUCUAGUGAUUGCACAGUUUGAAUCGUAUUUAUUUGUAGAGUUUGAUGAUUAAAUACUGUAGAUUUUGUAAGUUGAAGCCACUGUGACACCAGUUUUCACUUGAGCAUAUGUAUAGUGUGUAAGAUGCUAGUUUUUAUCUAGACAAGUGACCUUUCAAUGUGUUUUUAUGUGUCACUAUUAAAUGUAUUAUUCACUGUGGUCUGCAGAAGUAGGGGUGGGUGAUAUUAACACAAAAUUACAAUUGUUUUGAUAACAGUAUUUUAGCAAUUCCUCAUAAAUGUGCUAAAAUGUGUCUAAAAAUGUCUUGGUUGAGUGUAGCACAAAACAUGAAUGAACUACACAAUUAAAUAGUACAAAAGUGUAGAAAUAUCACUUUCUAACUUACACUAGAUGUCUGUCUUUUUGAGGUAAUUUUAAUUGUGCGAACUAUAGACUAUAUGCAAAAUUAGUAUAUUGAGUACAAAAAACAUUCUUUCAUGUAUCUCCCACCUCUAUAUGUAGAAGUACCCAAUUAGAUUUUUAAUGUAAUGCAAAUCUGUGUUUAUAAAUGCACUGAAAUGUCUGUUUGUGCCAUAUUUUAUUUUCUCAGGUAUUUUGUUUUGAUUGACACCUAGCAAAUCCAAAGAAAUUAUUUAUUAACAUUAUAAUGAUUGUUGCGUCCUUCAUUAAAAGUGCCACUCGAUAAUUCAUAGUAUGAACGGUACAAUACAAUGGAUUUGGAAUGUGCUUAAAGGAGACAUAUUAUGCUUUAUUUUGUCUUAAAACUGUUGUACACAUUUGCAAGUGUUUCAUGUCUAUACCUGUGUUGUUAUGGAAAGGUGCACUUUUUCACUAGGUGUAACUUUAUCAUCAUCUUGUCUCGAUGGAAAUGUUAUUAAUUUGCCUGAAAUUUUCUACAAUAUAUUAAACCCAUCUAUUUAGCGCAUAUAUAUAUAUAUUUAUUUAUAUUUUACAGGUGAUUAUAUUCAAAAGCACCUUACAUUGUAAAACAUGGAUUCUUACUCCUUUUUUUUAAGGAUACUAAGCAAAGUAAUAACAUCUUUAUGGAGGCAAACGGAGGGUGGACUCUUCUCUUGAAAAGUGACAUGUUGCACCUUUAAUUUUUACACCUUUAUUACCACUGGGGAAUUUGCAUUUUGAAGAGAAAUUAGAGAAAGACAAUUUAAGCACGCAAGAGAGAUUUUACAAAUAUUUCUGUACUGAGUUAAAACCAAUCGUUAACAUUUGCAUAAGAAAUUAUCUUAUUCAAAGUUGUGUGAAUGAAACAAGUUUUCAACAGGUAAUGACAAAUGGCAUAACAUGGUUCAAAGCUAAUAAAAGUUACAUUAGCAUAAUACGUCUCUUUUAAGGAAAGUGCCUCUGGUCAAAUGGUUCAUCACAUGAUAUUUUGACACUGUUAUUAUUGUUCCUUCUACAUGUUUUUCGAUGUGUCUGCCAAUAGAGAUCUGUCUGAAAAUACUGUACUGUACAUGUGGUGUCAAAUGUGAGUGUUCACCAUUCCGAAAUGAAGACUAUUUAAACAUUA